AUGUCUCUCAGCGGAGCCUCUGAGCGCAGCGUCCCGGCCACCAAGAUUGAAAUUACCGUGUCCUGCCGGAAUCUGCUGGACCUCGACACCUUCUCCAAGUCUGAUCCCAGUAGGAGGCGCCAGGGACGGGAGGGGGAACUGGGAUUGGUUUCCCCAAUCUUCAUUGCCUACUCUCCCUCCCCUCACAAAGAGGACUUUUCUGCUUCCAGGGGUGUACCAGGCAAGAAGUGUGGGACCAUAUUGCUGACUGCAGAGGAGCUUAGCAAUUGUCGGGACAUUGCCACCAUGCAGCUGUGUGCAAACAAGCUGGACAAGAAGGAUUUCUUUGGGAAAUCAGAUCCCUUCCUUGUGUUCUAUAGGAGCAAUGAGGAUGGCACGUUCACCAUCUGCCACAAGACGGAGGUUGUGAAAAACACACUGAAUCCUGUGUGGCAACCCUUCAGCAUCCCUGUGCGGGCACUGUGCAAUGGAGACUAUGACAGAACAGUGAAGAUUGAUGUGUAUGACUGGGACCGGGAUGGAAGCCAUGACUUCAUUGGUGAGUUCACCACCAGCUACCGGGAGCUGAGCAAGGCCCAGAACCAGUUCACAGUGUAUGAGGUACUUAACCCUCGGAAGAAAUGUAAGAAGAAGAAAUAUGUCAACUCAGGAACUGUGACGCUGCUCUCCUUCUCUGUGGACUCUGAAUUCACUUUUGUUGAUUACAUCAAGGGAGGGACACAGCUGAACUUCACAGUUGCCAUUGACUUCACAGCUUCUAAUGGGAAUCCUCUGCAGCCCACCUCCCUGCACUACAUGAGUCCCUACCAACUCAGCGCCUACGCCAUGGCCCUCAAGGCAGUGGGAGAAAUCAUCCAGGACUAUGACAGUGACAAGCUCUUCCCAGCCUAUGGCUUUGGAGCCAAGCUGCCUCCAGAAGGACGGAUCUCCCACCAGUUCCCCCUGAACAACAAUGAUGAGGACCCCAACUGUGCAGGCAUCGAGGGCGUGCUGGAGAGCUACUUCCAGAGCCUGCGCACAGUCCAGCUCUAUGGGCCCACCUACUUUGCUCCUGUCAUCAACCAGGUAGCCAGGGCUGCAGCCAAGAUCUCUGAUGGUUCCCAGUACUACGUUCUGCUCAUCAUCACUGACGGGGUCAUCUCUGACAUGACGCAGACCAAGGAGGCCAUUGUCAGUGCCUCCUCACUGCCCAUGUCUAUCAUUAUUGUUGGUGUGGGACCAGCCAUGUUUGAAGCAAUGGAAGAGCUGGAUGGUGAUGACGUGCGCGUGUCCUCUAGGGGACGCUAUGCAGAGCGGGACAUCGUUCAGUUCGUCCCCUUCCGAGACUAUGUUGACCGGUCCGGAAACCAGGUGCUGAGUAUGGCCCGACUAGCCAAGGACGUGCUGGCCGAAAUCCCAGAGCAGCUGCUGUCCUAUAUGCGCACCAGGGAUAUCCAGCCUCGCCCUCCACCUCCUGCCAACUCCAGCCCAACCCCAGCUCCAGAACAGCCCUGA